UUUUCUCUUUCUCUCUUGAUUGGGACACGUCAUGACGUCAAGUCAAUAGUCAUGUACAAAAUAAAAUCGUGAUUCGCGAAUGCCGAUUUUGCUAUUGACGCCAAAUGUAACUUUAACGUUUUAUAAAUUAGACGUGGAUUUUGUUUACAUGACCUGAAAGAGAUUACAAUGAGGCCAAUUUUAUGUAUAUUUUUUCUGAUAGCUAUACUUCAUUGUUCAUAUGCUCCUCCAGUUACCCCAGAUAAAGAAAAAGAAGAAAGUGAAAUUAAAGAUGACCUGGAAGAGUAUAUGGAAUAUCACAGAUACUUGAAGGAGGUGGUGCAAGCAUUGGAAAGCGAUCCAGACUUCCGUGAACGUCUGGAGAAAGCUGAUGAAGAAGAUGUUAGGACCGGUAAAAUAGCAGAGCACUUGGACUUUGUGAAUCAUAAUGUCAGAACAAAAUUGGAUGAGAUUAAGCGGCGGGAACUGGAGCGCCUUCGACAUUUGGCCACUAAGCAAUAUGAACUGACUAAUAACUUAGAACAUGAAGGCAAGGUCCCAUCCAGUGAUCAUUUGGAUCACCACAAUCCACAUACCUUCGAAAUUGAAGAUCUGAAGAGACUUAUCAAGAAAACCACCGAAGAUUUAGAAGCAGCCGAUAAACAAAGGAAGGAGCAGUUUAAGGAAUACGAGAUGCAAAAGGAAUUUGAAAAACAUCAAAAGUUAGAAAGUAUGGAUGAAACGCAAAAGAAGGAAUAUAUGGAGAAACUGAAAACCGAGGAAGAGGCUAAGAAACACCACAAACCCAUCCACCACCCCGGCUCGAAACAACAACUCGAGGAGGUAUGGGAGAAACAGGAUCACAUGGAUCAACAAUUUGACCCAAAAGCAUUCUUCAUGAUGCAUGAUGUCGACGGCAAUGGUGUAUGGGACGCUGACGAAGUCAAAGCUCUAUUUAUAAAGGAGUUGGACAAAUUAUAUGGACCAGGAGGACCUAAUAAGGAUCUACAUGAACGUGCCGAGGAAAUGGAGAGGAUGAGGGAGCACGUGUUCAAGGAAAACGAUAGGAAUGGGGAUGGUCUGAUUGAUUUCCACGAGUUCAUGACUGAGACGCAGCGCGCUGAUUUUAAUAAGGACGAAGGAUGGAAGUCAAUCGACGAGAAUCAAAUCUACACCCAGCAGGAAUAUGAGGAAUAUGAACGUAGACGUCUCGAGGAGUUGAGAUAUUUGCAACAACGCGGUUUGGUUGACGCUAACGGCCGCCCCGUACCCGGCGCUGAACAUCAGCUCCACCAAUACGAGCAACAGAAGCAGGCGUACCACCAACAGCAGCAACAGGCGUACCACCAACAACAACAAGCGUAUCACCAGGGACAACAGUAUCCGCAAGGCUAUCAACAACCUAAUCAGUAUCCUAACCAAGCCCCGCAAGGACAGUUCCAGGGCCAACCCCAAGGCCAGUUCCAGGGCCAACCUCAAGGCCAGUUCCAGGGCCAACCUCAAGGUCAAUUCCAAGGUCAACCUCAAGCUCAAUACCAGGGCCAACCUCAAGGCCAACCACAGGGGCAAUUCCAAGGUCAACCACAGGGUCAAUUCCAGGGCCAACCUCAAGGCCAACCGCAAGCUCAAUUCCAAGGUCAACCGCAAGGCCAAUUCCAAGCUCCACCACAAGGCCAACCCCAAGCACAAUAUCAAGGCCAACCGCAAGUCCAAGCUCAACCGCAAGUCCAAGCUCAACCUCAAGCUCAAUAUCAAGGACAACCACAAGUCCAGCAACCAGGACAACCACAAGGCCAACCGCAAGGCCAACAACAGCCAUCCCAAGCGCAAUACCAACCGAACCAGCAAGCGCAGCCCAACGCAAAUAUGAACCAACCUCCAAGCCAACCUCCAAGCCAAGGCCAACCUCCAAGCCAAGGACAACCUCCAGCUCAACCAGCUCAAAUACAACAGCCACAAAAUCCAGCCCAACCUACUCCAUAGAAUCUUAUAUAAAUUGACGACAGUUUCUUUAUACGAUAUAAUAUCUUUAAAGCUCAAGAUCCCCUGACUGUCCCAAAAUUCCAUUAGACAAAUAAUUGUCGGGUAAUAAGCAAUAUCAGGUGUAUCGAAUAGAGAAACUUUAAAUUUAGUGUAUAAGCUGUUUUUGAUGUAUGUAAAUUGUAUUCAUUCACACAUUGGUGCCAAAUUCGCACACUAUCAUCGCAUCGGCCAUUAAAUUAUUCUAAUAUUUCAUGUUUUAAUAGAUCAAAAUCUAUUAUAUUCUUAUUAUACAGAGAUUGUUAGAAUUAGUUUCAAAUAUACGUGACACUUAAA